GAAGAAGAAGAAGAAGAAGUGCUACUGAAAACUUUGUGGAAGGCUUUUUCAAUGAUAAAAUUUUCAAAAUCGUUCUAAAUUGAUAUAUUGAAAUUAGUCACAAACUGUUGCUUCCUAUUGAAAGCAUCCAUUAACGCACAAUGGCAAACGAAGAACAAUACGUGGUCGAAAAGAUUCUGGAUAAACGCACCCGACGAGGCGUGGUUCAGUAUCUGAUUAAGUGGACCGGCUGCGACGAGUCGGAAAAUACGUGGGAACCGGAGCGGAAUCUGAAAUGUGACGCGCUGCUAAAGCAGUUCCACCAGGAGGUAGGACCUCAAUCGAAUAAGCCUGGACGACGCUCGACCAAAUCGCUGCCAUCGGAUAACGAACAGGUAAUCGAUAGUCCAGGACCAGUGGUAAAGGUUGAGAAAAAACCCACAAGAAAGGCGGGCAAGAAAUCUCUUGAGGCUCCACCGGAACAACAGGUUGAAGCUGACGGUACCGAGGCGGUGAUAAAACCAGAAAAAGCGGUAGAGGAAAAUCCACAACGUGACGAGUUUUCGCAACAAUCCGCCCAGGGGAAAGAAGCUCAACCGAAAAAACGUGGAAAACGUUCGACCAAAUCAUUGCCUUCGGAAAGCGAACAGGCAAUCGAUCCGCGAGGACAAAAUGCAAGCGUUGAGAAAACGGAUGAUAAGGAGACGAAGCAGGCGAAUGAGCCUAAAAGAAGAUCAGGACAAGCGGUUGGAGGUCAUAGUAAAGCGGUGAAGAAAUCCGUGGAGGGAAAUUUGAAAUGUGAUGAGCUUCCGCAAUCCUCCCAGGAGAAAGAAGCCAAACCGAAAAAACGGGGACGACCUCGAUCCACAUCGUUGCCUUUGGAUAGCGAGCAAGCAAUCGAUAAGCAUCAAGUGCCAUUGGUAAAAAUUAACCAAAAGGAUGAUGACGAAGGUGCAGAGUUGGACGGAAAAGUUGAAAUAGAGAACGUAGAGAAGAAGCGCAAGAUCACACCGAAGAAGAAAUUGGCCAAGAAAUCGGUGCAAGAGCAAACGGACGGAAAUAGCAACGACGGCAACGGAUUUGCACGCGGAUACUCCGUCGAAAAUCUGGUCGGUAUCACACAGGAAGGGGACCAGUUUCUGUUUCUCGUCAAAUGGCACCAAACGGACGAAAUGGAGAUGGUUCCGUCUGCGGAGGUGCGUAAGUUCGUACCGGAAAUGAUGAUUGACUUCUACGAAAGCCGAAUCACCUGGAAGCAGAAGAGCGCCAACGCCGACAACCAAAAUGCGAAGUGACUGGCGACGAUGUUGGUUAUAUUUUGUUCAACUUUUUGAAUUAGGUACAUUAUUAUUUUGUAUUUCUACUUAACACUGUUACUACUAAAUAACAUUGACUGCUCUGAUGUGAUUUCAUAUUUCUUAUUUUAA